AUGUGUGGGUUAGGGUUUGCGUUCUUAAGGGUUGAGGCUAUGUUCGAGCUCGAGAAGGGUGGGAUUAGGCUUCAAGCUAGUAAGGCUUGGGGUAAGGAUUUGUGCUCGAUAAGAUACCAAGGUCUGGGCUCGAGGAGCUUCAAUGGCACUAGCGGGUUUAAGAAACUAGCGCUAGCAAGAUUUGGGCUUGAGGAGCCUAGAUGGCACUCGUAA